CCGAGGACACGCGCCUAAGGCGAGGCGAGUCCAUCCUCCCACCGCUCCCCCGCAACGUGUGCGCCGCGGCGCGCUCACCAGCAAGGUAGAAAGUCUGGAGGAACCGGCAAACAGAGCGUCUCGCGCAAGCGGUGUUGCUGGCUUCGCCGCCGCGUGUUGCGAAGGGUGGGCUGCGUAUCUCGCUCUCCGCGUGUUCAGCGCAACUCACCCUCCCUUCCAGCGCACGGAGAGCGCUGCUGUGUGUGGGGGUGCGUUCGUCGUCAUCGCGCUCUCCCUUCAGUGCCAACGUAAAGCUUGCUCGCGACGGUCGCACACCGCAUCGAUCGUCGCCAAUACAUAGCUCCGCGUCCAGAAGGCCAGAGAACGGACGCGAGAAUAGCAUAGGCGGAGGAGGAGGAAGAGGAAAACAAAAAAAAACCCCAGCAUAAGCAUAAAGCUUCCUCCCGCCCCCUCGAGAACGUGCGGGUGCGUUUUGUGUUUUAUGUGUGUGUGUGUGUGUGGUUGUGGUGGGCAAAGUGUGGUGUACGUGAGGGUGGUUUUGGAUAUUCCCUUUUACCGUCCCGGUGUGUCUUUCCCGUGCCUGCUGAACUGGGCGUGUUGUAGCGUGCCUUUUGUGUGUUUCUGUCUGUCUGUGUGUGUGUGUGUGUGUGUGUGGGUUAUGUUUUAUGAUGCCCGUAUGCUGUGCUUUUGUGCCGUGGGAGGAAUAGUCGAGGAGCGGAUGCCAUCAACUCAUCGCGCCACACCGCACACCAAAUCACCUCGAUCAACCUACUCCAGGGGACGGCUAUGUAGUUGUGCAUAAGUGCUGUGUGCAUACAUUAUACCUCUCUGUGUGAGUUUAUGUAGGAGCAAUUUUUGUGCAUUUAGUUGUAAUUUGGAAAACAACAAAAAACAAAAAGGUGCUUUUACAAUCAAUCCAGUUACAAGAAAACGAACGAACGGCGGGAGCUUCGGCAAGUCCGCGUCGAACGCCGUCACCAUCUAUCAAGCAGCGAACUGCGCAGAUAGCUCCACCACACCAUUCAACCCCUCGGUAACGACGGCUCUAAUCCGCUCAACGAAACCGCCCGCCCAGGUGAAAUGGAAAGUGACGAAAAGGACCAGUCAAAGGAACCGGCCCCGUUUCCCUACAUUCGGGGCUCGGACCCAAGGGUCGCCACCUGUCGCGGCAAGCUGCAGAGCAAGCGGUGCAAGCUGAACCAGGAAAUCAACAAGGAGCUCCGGUUGCGAGCCGGUGCCGAAAACCUUUACAAGGCCACCACGAACAAGAAGCUCAAAGACACGGUCGCACUCGAGCUGAGCUUCGUCAACUCGAACCUGCAGCUGCUGAAGGAGCAGCUGUCCGAGCUGAACUCCUCCGUCGAGAUCUACCAAAGUGAAGGGCUCGACUACGUUAUACCGAUGAUACCGCUCGGGCUGAAGGAAACGAAGGAGGUCAACUUUAUGGAACCGUUCUCGGACUUUAUUCUGGAGCACUACAGCGAACCGUCGCACAUCUACGAGGACGCGAUCGCCGACAUUACCGACACGAGACAGGCCGCCAAAACGCCGACCCGCGAUGCGCAGGGCGUUUCGCUGCUGUUCCGCUACUACAACCUGCUGUACUACGUCGAGCGGCGCUUCUUCCCGCCCGAUCGCAGCCUGGGCGUGUACUUCGAAUGGUACGACUCACUCACAGGCGUGCCCUCCUGCCAGCGGACGGUGGCGUUCGAGAAGGCGUGCAUACUGUUCAACCUGGCCGCCAUCUACACCCAGAUCGGGGCGCGGCAGGACCGCUCGUCCGAGAAGGGGCUGGACGCGGCCGUCGACAACUUGCUGCGGGCGGCGGGCGUCUUCCGCCACAUCUUCGACACGUUCACGAACGCGCCGUCGAUGGAUCUGAAGCCGCAGGUCCUGGAGGUGCUGGUGGCGCUGAUGCUGGCCCAAGCGCGCGAGUGUCUGUUCGAGAAGCUGCUGCUGCAGGUGGAAAAUUUGCCACCGGGGCGGGACUGUGUACAGAACCAUCGUGACCUGUCCGGGGAAGCGACCCAGCUGGCGCUGGAGUACCGCGAGAUACAUCAGAUCAUUCACAGCAACGAUGCCCACACGUACCUGCCAGAAUGUUGGGCCGGGCUGGUACCGCUCAAGUCAGAAUACUACAAAGCACUAGCACACUAUCACGCGGCCAAAACGAAAGUGGGCGGCCCGGGCGGCACCAGCAGCACGACCGAGGACGCAACCGCCGCCAACCGGUGCAACAAGCAGCAGCAACAGCAGCGGUACGGCCGCGGGCUCGAGCCGAAGGACACGUUCAUCUUCGACGAAACGUCGUUCGAGUCCGACCUGGAUCCGGUGACGCUGCGGCGGGCGCACCUGCGCGAAUCACUCUCUAGUCACGAGGAAGCGCAGCGCCUGCAGCGCAUGUGCCGCGAGCUGAAGAACAAGGUCGCCCUGUCGAAGGUGCUCAACUACGCGCACGAGCGCACCGCCGAGGAGCUGGAGGAGCUCGAGCUCGACCGGACCGGCACGGUCGGUUCGCGGUCGCACCUGUCCGCGCUGGACGAGCCGGACCUGGACCAGCUGGACGUGACGCUGAACGCCACGAGCAAGUUCACGAUCUCGCUGACCGGACCGGACUUCACCAUGCACCGGUGCGACGACCCGUUCCGGAAGCUCGGCCCGAUCGCGAUCUUCUCGGCCCGGCGCCACUGGACGGCGCCGCGCAGCGUCCGGCUGCAGAAGGGCGGCCCGUCGUUCCUGCUCGGCGGCGGCACGCUCGAUCGCCGCCAGUCACCGUACGGGGGCGGUGCCGGCGGCGGCAGCAGCAGCAGCGGGGGCAACAGUAGCAGCAGCCACAGCAGCAGCAGCAACAACAACCGCCGCCAGCAGUCGCGGGGUCGGUGCUGCGGCGAGUGCGCCAACAAGACGAACUACUACAACGACAGCCGGGCGUGCGAGGUGUGCCUGAAGGAUGUGUGCAACGUGUCGGAGCGCGAGUUCCGCGAGCUGAAGCUGCAGGACGGUGGUGGUGGUGGUGGUGGUGGGGAGCAGCAGCAGCAUGGCACGGACGGCACAGGGACCGAGGAUGGCAGGGGCGACAUUAGCAGCUUCGGGUUCAAUAUACGGGGCGACGCGCCGGUCAUGAUAUCGACGGUGGAAAUCAACUCGCUGGCGGAUCUCGGUGGCAUUAAGGAGGGCGACUUUAUCGUGGAGCUGUGCGGCGUCGACGUGAAAUGGUACACGCUCCAGCAGGUCCUGAAGCUGAUUCGCAACUGUGAGCACAGUCUCGAGCUGAAGGUCAUUACGCCGAUGGAUCGGAACUAUCUGAAGCCGAUGGCGAUGAGCCACAGCAGCAAGGGCUCCAUCUCCACGCUGUCCGGCAGCUCGUCCGGCAUCUCGUCCGGCGCACCGUCCCCGACCGGUACGACCACCAAAUCGGCGACCAAGACGCGCUCGAAGCUGGGGAAAACGCGCCUCAGCAGCUUCACCUCCGGCAGCUGGAACCCGUUCCGAAGGACGCAAAGCCUGGGCAAGAUAUUCUAAGGAGCGGACAGAGGGAGAGAGAGAGAAGAGAGAGAAGAGCUGCUUGCUUUUUUUUCGCCUUUUUUACGUUUACUUUUAAAACUUACACACAAAGGAAGAGAAAGAAACCGCCGCCCCUCUAAGCGUGGGUCGGUUUUAUAUAUUUUAUAGUCGUGUCACGACGUUCACCGGGGCUGAACGUGAACGCGUGACAAUAAUGCCAUUUUUGUUUGUUUGUUUGUUCUGCACACAACACAAGAUUGUACAGAGAGAGAGAGUAUGUGUGUGAAGCGAGCAGGAGAGUUUAUGUUAUUAGUAGUUAGAGCUAGAGAGGGCGCCGUAGUUAAAGUAAACAAUAAAUGAAAUAAUAAAUAAAAAUA